AUGACGGGAACAGAAAGGAAAGUAUUUCAGAAGUACUAUCCGCCAGAUUUCGAUCCAUCGAAAAUUCCUCGAGCCAAAGGCCAACGAAAUCGGCAAUUCGUUCAACGAGUUAUGGCUCCAUAUAAUAUGCAAUGCAAUACAUGUCACGAAUAUAUUUACAAGGGCAAAAAAUUUAAUAUGAGGCGUGAAACAGCUGAAGGCGAAUUUUAUUUGGGACUAAAAAUAUUUCGUUUUUACUUUCGAUGCCCAAAUUGCUUAGCAGAAAUCACUUUCAAAACGGAUCUUGAAAAUUGUGAUUAUCAACAAGAGCAUGGUGCAACGCGUUUGUUUGAGGCAUUUAAACUUUACCAACAAGAAGAAAAGGCUAAAGAGACUCGAGAUGAAGAGGAUAAGAAGGAUCCUAUGAAAAUGCUCGAGAAAAGGACCAAAAUGAGUAGAGCUGAGAUGGAAGCGAUUGGAAAGUUAGAAGAACUGCAAGAAUUAAAUCGCCGUCAAGAAACUUUUGAUCCAGAUAGGUAUUUGCAUAAUGUUAACGUCGCUGAAGCUGAGGCCUUAAAGAAACAGGAAGAAGAAGAUGAGAAGUUUAUUAAAAGUAUCUUUCACCGUACAGAAGAUGGAAAAAUAGUUAAACGAAUAUUGGAAGAUACCAGUGAAAUUGAUGUCAAACCAAAAAUGAAACUUUCUUGUCCAGUGCCCAAGCAACCUUUUGAAUCUGCUCAGAAGAAACUUUUGUCGAAAAUAGUUGUCUUGAAAACAAAGAAAAGUGAUGCUGAAAUAAAACAAGAGGUGAAAGAGGUGAAAAAAGAAGAAGUUAUUGAGGAUAAAGAAAAAAAACAGAUAAAAGUCGAAGUUGAUGAAUCUUAUUCAUUAUUAGAACAAAAAGCAUCAAAUUCUGUGGAAAAAAUUUCUGUAGAUUGUGAUCAACCCUCUGUGUCAAAGGAGCCGCAUGCGAAUACUAGCGGAGCGCUUCAAAGUUUAGCUGACUAUGGCAGUGAUUCUAGUUCGGAAUAA